AUGUAUAAUUAGAAUGAUAAUACCCUGACCAUUGACAAAAGAAGUGAAGGCUUUUAAAACUAGAAACCAAAAGAGCGCAUUUUGAAGAAAUCAUCAAAGUAAGAUCAUGAUCACGCCAUCUACAAAUAAACAGAAAUAUCUUCAAAGAUGAUAGCGACCAAGUUCAGGUUGAAGAUCCCUACCUUGAUAUGCAGAAAGAAAAACUCUGAGAACACAAAGCCUAAUGUUGAAAUUGAAGCAGAAAGAAUAGAAUAUCUUCAAAAAGCCAGUAGAAAUGAAAUUAGGGCUUAGAAAUAUCAAGAAAAAAAGAAAAAUCAUUCUUAAACCCCAUAAAAUAUGAAGAGCUCUUCACCUAAAUAAACUCAAACUUAAAACCUGAAUAGCUAUAAUAAUCUUUCGGGAAAGAAGUAGCAGAGAAGAAAUAAGAAGAACUCAAUAUCUGAUUAGAAAUUUGAAACACUAAAUCUUGGGAAAAUCUAAAUCAAAUAAGAUGCUUUUCUCACUCAGGAGUCUCCUUCAAAUAAUUAGGAAAGAUUUUUCGAAGAAUCAAUAAGCAGCGACUGCUUGCUGACGGAAGAAAGAAGUCCAGACAAGAGCCAAAAUUCGAACAAUAAAUUGUCACCGCUGAGAAUAGGAAGACUUCCAAUGCAUAAUUUAAAUACAACAGACAUGGGAGAUAAGAAUUAUUUCUUUAAUCAGAGAUCUUCUCCAUAAGAAAACAAUAGCUUUGCAUUCGAUAGUGUGAGCUAGUCAUUGUGUACAGAUUUGGAAGCUUGGAAUCAAGUUAAUGAGCAUAGAUUAAUGAGUGUAGGAAGUAAAUAGAUGAAUGAUGAAAGCAAAAUCUAUUCAGUCCUGACAGCAAUUUUGUUCUCACUGCAAGUCAUGACUCUCAUGAAAGUUAGUCAAGGCCUAAAGAAAGAGCAAUUUCUGUUACUCAUUACAACUGCAAAUGAUCCUCUUUAUCAUCAACAAAUUGUCACCACAGUGACUCAACAAUUCUAACUUAAAAACACAUUCUCAAGAGAGACAGUAUAACUAAGGAAGAUAGUUAAUGUAAGCAAAUUAUGUCUUUGCAUCUUGGAGAUAGAUUUGGUAAACCUCCUUAUAGAGUUGUGCUUUAAAGAGAUAAAGUUGAAAAAUGGUUUAAAUAAUAAUGGCAUCCCUUCUUAUAAAAAUUAAGUGGAUAUUCUGGUAUAAGCAACUAAUAUUCUAAGUAUUUUGACUUCAUAACAGAAGUCAAUUACUUUUUAUUUGCAGAACAACUUUAAAGCUAUGGUUUAAAUAGUAGAUCUGCUAGGAAUUACUCUUAAGAACUUUUAAAAUGUACCAUACAUCAAUGAAAACUUGAUAAAGCUCAUCCUGAUAAUUACUUCUAGAUCAAUUUAUGAAGAAAAUACUCAGAAAAUAAGCAAUUACAUAUUGUGGUCAAAUCUAGUUAUCAAAUUAAGUAACAUUGUUAAAUCUCAAAAUCAGAUAUCUAUCUAGCAUAAUUCCUUGAUGGUCAUUAAGAUAUUGAAGCUAUUUAAAACUUUGCUUGUCAAUCUUAAGUUAAGUGGAGUAUACCAAUCAUUUUAUUAGAACUUAUUAUAAGAAGUAUUAGGAUCUACAGAGUUGUUUGGGAUUCUACAUAUAUCAGAUCUAUUGAUCAAGGAUAACUCUAAAAGCAAAUCAUAAUCAAUCUCGACAAUUGAAGAAAUCAUUCUAGAUAUAUGCAUAUAGACAUGCAGCUUAGACCACUCUUAUUUUUCAGCUUUAAUCUCACAGAGCUAAAGUUAUAAUAAACUAUUAGACUAAGCUUAUGUAGGUUUAGAUAACUCUCUUUCUAAGAUACUAUUGUAAUGCCUUAUCUAAUUAGACUCAGAUUAAAGCUUUGAACGUAUUGAAAAAUUGAAAUAAUUUUAGUUCAUCAGCAAUGGAGAUAACAUAGAUCCUAGGUUAAUAACUGCAUUCAUGAUGAUUCAAAGUAAGACCUCAGAUACUUUAGUUGAACUAAUAAAAUCUAUUGAUAUGAAAUCUUUCCUAACUGAAUAACUUAGUUAAUAUGACGAAUAUGCUUUGAUUUACUGUGAGUAAAUUAAUUAGAGAUCUCCCAAGGCUAUAUUCAUCAACAUACUCGAAGAGUAUAGAAUUGGAACUGAUACUGAUGAUCAAAUCAUCAAUAAAAUAGACAUAGUUGAUAAUUUUAGAAGGUCUGAACCUUUUGAUUACUAUGAACUGAACCCUCCAAUGUCUACUCGAAGUAUUCGUUCCAUAAGGUCAUCAACAGCAUCUCGAUUAUCCACUAAUUCAGCUGUAUCUAUGAUUUCUACUCCUAAAAUAUGUCUUAAGGACUUCCUUCCAUUCAAUGUGACCUAGGAGCUCUUAAACAUCACCAGUAGCAUUUCGUAGAGUAAUCAAAUAAUCAAUAUUACUUAAGAAAAACAGAAAAAAUUUACUUCUAAAAACACUAACUUGCAUAUAUAAUGA